GAACAAUAAAGACACUUUAAGUUCAUAGUCAUCGACUUACAACCGUUACCAAUUCUAAUUAAAGCAAAUACAACACUUGCUGAGUUGGCGACCCGACAUUUGCAUCACCAGGUUACAAGGCAUCAAAUGGAAAGCAAACAUUGGUUUUGGGGAGGCAAAACCAGCACAACAGGGCUCUAACCAUUACUCGGUCUGUCGAGAUCUUUUACGCAUCUCAGUUUUUUGUAAAGGCACCCUGGACACGCAGAAAAUGGUGGGAGUGAUGGGUUUACAGAUCAUUGAUAGAACUAUUACCUUUUAUAUCUUGGUAUUACCUUCCAGUGGUCUAUAUGUUAUGCAUGAACUUGCCAAAAUCAAGAUUCCAGAUUGCCUGAAUGAUUUACCAAAGCUGGUGUCAGAUAUUUCAGACGUUUUGCUUGUACUUGACGUUUUUGAUCGAAUUUGCAUUCCAUCCGUUGAUUGCCCACAGUUCCAGCGAAAUCGCCCAACAAUAAGCAGCUCCAUCUUCGACCGAUUAUUUUCCACAUCCCAAAAUCGUAAUCGACCUUGCAUUCUGAAACAGCAUCAUAAUUAGUCAAUAGAAGCAAAUAAAAAACAACCAAUUGUGGGAAAGAAUUGAUACUUUUUUUAUCUAUUCUUUUUUAUUUUUUUCUAUUGGAAUGUAUCCUAAUCCUUCCUAGUGAUCAAGCAACUUUGAAAAGCUGAUGGGUAAGCUGAUGGGGUAGACUGAUGGGUAGACUGAUGUGGGGUGUUUGCUACAGAUUAGACCGGCAACGGCUCGAAAAGUAGUGGACCUUUUGGUGAAGCGUUGUCUCGCGCCCUAAUUAAAAAAGACUUAGAACAAAGGAGUGAGCUUGUUGUAUCCAACAGCAUAUU